AUGAAACUCAAUAAGCCAUUCCUGGCCAUUUAUUUGGCUUUCAACUUGGCCGAGGCUUCGAAAACUCCGGAUUGCAUCAGUGGUCCGCUGGCAAAGACCUUGGCAUGUGAUACAACGGCGUCACCUCCUGCGCGAGCAGCUGCUCUUGUGCAGGCUUUAAAUAUCACGGAAAAGCUUGUGAAUCUAGUGGAGUAUGUCAAGUCAAGAGAAGCUCCUUUAGGGAUUUCAAUUCAGCUAAUCACUCCUCAUAGCAUGAGCCUCGGUGCAGAAAGGAUCGGCCUUCCAGCUUAUGCUUGGUGGAACGAAGCUCUUCAUGGUGUUGCCGCGUCGCCUGGGGUCUCCUUCAAUCAGGCCGGACAAGAAUUCUCACACGCUACUUCAUUUGCGAAUACUAUUACGCUAGCAGCCGCCUUUGACAAUGACCUGGUUUACGAGGUGGCGGAUACCAUCAGCACUGAAGCGCGAGCGUUCAGCAAUGCCGAGCUCGCUGGACUGGAUUACUGGACGCCUAACAUCAACCCGUACAAAGAUCCGAGAUGGGGGAGGGGCCAUGAGGUUUGUUACCUUAGCCUUCUUUUCCGUGCCGUGCAGUUGCUGAGAACUCAAAAGACACCCGGAGAAGAUCCGGUACACAUCAAAGGCUACGUCCAAGCACUUCUCGAGGGUCUAGAAGGGAGAGACAAGAUCAGAAAGGUGAUUGCCACUUGUAAACACUUUGCAGCCUAUGAUUUGGAGAGAUGGCAAGGGGCUCUUAGAUACAGGUUCAAUGCUGUUGUGACCUCGCAGGAUCUUUCGGAGUACUACCUCCAACCGUUUCAACAAUGCGCUCGAGACAGCAAGGUCGGGUCUUUCAUGUGCUCAUAUAAUGCGCUCAACGGAACACCGGCAUGUGCAAGCACGUAUUUGAUGGACGACAUCCUUCGAAAACACUGGAAUUGGACCGAGCACAACAACUAUAUAACGAGCGACUGUAAUGCUAUUCAGGACUUCCUCCCCAACUUUCACAACUUCAGCCAAACUCCAGCUCAAGCCGCCGCUGAUGCUUAUAACGCCGGUACAGACACCGUCUGUGAGGUGCCUGGAUACCCCCCACUCACAGAUGUAAUCGGAGCAUACAAUCAGUCUCUGCUGUCAGAGGAAAUUAUCGACCGAGCACUUCGCAGAUUAUACGAAGGCCUCAUCCGAGCUGGCUAUCUCGACUCAGCCUCCCCACAUCCAUACACCAAAAUCUCAUGGUCCCAAGUAAACACCCCCAAAGCCCAAGCCCUGGCUCUCCAGUCCGCCACCGACGGGAUAGUCCUUCUCAAAAACAACGGCCUCCUUCCCCUAGACCUCACCAACAAAACCAUAGCCCUCAUAGGCCACUGGGCCAAUGCAACCCGCCAAAUGCUAGGCGGCUACAGCGGUAUCCCCCCUUACUACGCCAACCCAAUCUAUGCAGCCACCCAGCUCAACGUCACUUUUCAUCACGCCCCAGGACCGGUGAACCAGUCAUCUCCCUCCACAAAUGACACCUGGACCUCCCCCGCCCUCUCCGCGGCUUCCAAAUCGGAUAUCAUCCUCUACCUCGGCGGCACCGACCUCUCCAUCGCAGCCGAAGACCGAGACAGAGACUCCAUCGCCUGGCCAUCCGCUCAACUUUCCUUGUUAACCUCCCUCGCCCAGAUGGGAAAACCCACAAUCGUAGCAAGACUAGGCGACCAAGUAGACGACACCCCCCUGCUCUCCAACCCAAACAUCUCCUCCAUCCUAUGGGUAGGCUACCCAGGCCAAUCAGGCGGAACAGCCCUCUUGAACAUCAUCACCGGAGUCAGCUCCCCCGCCGCUCGACUGCCCGUCACAGUCUACCCAGAAACUUACACCUCCCUCAUCCCCCUGACAGCCAUGUCCCUCCGCCCAACCUCCGCCCGCCCAGGCCGGACUUACAGGUGGUACCCCUCCCCCGUGCUCCCCUUCGGCCACGGCCUCCACUACACAACCUUUACCGCCAAAUUCGGCGUCUUUGAGUCCCUCACCAUCAACAUUGCCGAACUCGUUUCCAACUGUAACGAACGAUACCUCGACCUCUGCCGGUUCCCGCAGGUGUCCGUCUGGGUGUCGAAUACGGGAGAACUCAAAUCUGACUAUGUCGCCCUUGUUUUUGUCAGGGGUGAGUACGGACCGGAGCCGUACCCGAUCAAGACGCUGGUGGGGUACAAGCGGAUAAGGGAUAUCGAGCCGGGGACUACGGGGGCGGCGCCGGUGGGGGUGGUGGUGGGGGAUUUGGCUAGGGUGGAUUUGGGGGGGAAUAGGGUUUUGUUUCCGGGGAAGUAUGAGUUUCUGCUGGAUGUGGAGGGGGGGAGGGAUAGGGUUGUGAUCGAGUUGGUUGGGGAGGAGGUGGUGUUGGAGAAGUUCCCUCAGCCGCCUGCGGCGGGUUGA